AUGCACGCCUCCCCUUACGAAUACCCACGGCCUGAUAGGCCGGAUGGCAGCUUGAAGCCGUCGCCCCUUGGCGAACAUUAUAUUCAGAGCUACGCGUAUGCGGGAAUUUUACCGCAAGAACACUUCCCUGCGGGAUCCUCAUUUCAAUACCAAGGAUACCCUCCCGAAUUAUUGCCGCAGUUCCUUGACCCACGAUUCCCGCCCUACCUCACUCCGGCGGAAUUUCAAAAGUAUCCGCCCGGGUUUGCCCCGUUGCCGGAUGUGCAGGAGCCGAGAAUAUGUCGAUGGGUUAAUGAUAACGGUAAAGAAUGCGGCCAAAAAUUCCACACAACCCUCGAUAUCAACACGCACCUCACGAACCACCACAUUGGCCACACCGAAAAUUUUGUCUACGUGUGCCAAUGGAAGAAUUGCGACCGAACCGAGAAGAACUUGCAUUUUAAGGCUCGCUACAAGCUCGUCAACCACGUGCGGGUGCACACCGGGGAGAAGCCGUUCAAGUGCCAGACGUGUUUGAAGCAUUUCGCGCGGUCAGAGAAUUUAAAGAUCCACGCGAGGACGCAUACCGGGGAGAAACCGUUCAAGUGUGUGGUGAAGGGUUGCGAGAAGAUGUUCGCAAAUUCGUCGGACCGGAAGAAGCAUAUGCAUGUGCAUCAGAGCCAUGAGGUUCAGCCUUAUCGAUGUCGGGUGAAAAACUGUCAGAAGACGUAUACACAUCCGAGUAGUUUGAGGAAACAUAUGAAGAUGCACGAGAAAAAUAAUGAAUACCCCGACCUCGACGAAAGCGGUGAUUCCGGCCAUUGCUCUUCAGCUACACCAGCCGGAAGUGCCGGAUAUUCCCCAAAACAAGACAUCCAGUUUGAACCCCAAUUCGGUCAAACUCUCCAACCACAAGACCUUCAGCUCCUCGAAUCGAAAGUGGAACUCCCCUGCUUUACCGUACCCCCGCCCCAAUUCGCCGACCUCAACGUCCCCCAUUUCUAUCCAAACUACGAAAACUUAUACCCGGCCAUG